UUAUUUCGUAAAUCUCGUUAACUGCCGUUAAUUACGAGAUUUCACAAAAAACGAAAAUGGACAAACAACUAACCAUGGCAGGGACCGGCGAAGAACAAUCUAAGAAAAUGGAGGUGGACUACAGUGCCACAGUUGAUGAAAAGAUCCCAAAGUGUGAAAAGUUGGCCAAGCAAGGAAAAUUGAAUGAAGCCUUGGACAUUUUGCUUUCCUUAGAAAAACAGACACGAACUGCAUCAGACACUCACUCUACCAGUAGAAUUUUGACAACAAUGGUGCGACUUUGUUUUGAAACCAAAAACUGGGAUGCUCUGAGUGAAAACAUUAUAAUCAUCACAAAGAAAAGAGGACAGAUCAAACAGUCUGUAACCAAGAUGAUACAAGAAGCCUGUACCUAUGUAGAAAAAACUCCAAACUUGGAUGCCAAACUCAAGCUGAUUGAUACACUCAGAACUGUCACAGAAGGAAAGAUCUAUGUAGAAAUUGAGAGAGCAAGACUUACAAGAACAUUAGCAAAGAUUAAAGAAGAUGGAGGCAAAGUGACAGAGGCAGCCAAUAUACUACAGGAACUUCAGGUUGAAACAUUUGGGUCCAUGGAGAAGAAAGAAAAAGUGGAGUUUAUUUUGGAACAGAUGAGAUUAUGUCUAGCCAAGAAAGAUUAUAUAAGAACACAAAUCAUAAGUAAAAAGAUCAGCACCAAAUAUUUUGAAGAUGCUGGUACAACAGAACUUAAAUUAAAGUAUUAUCAACUGAUGAUUGAAUUAGAUGAACAUGAGGGAUCCUAUUUGAAGAUCUGUAAACAUUAUAAUGCUGUCUAUCAGACUCCAGAGAUCAAAGAUGAUAAAGAUAAAAUGAAAGAGGCAUCAAGAUAUGUAGUGUUGUAUGCAAUAUUAGCUCCAUUUGAUAAUGAACAGUCUGAUCUGAUACACAGAGUGAAAGAUGACAAGAACUUAGAAGAUAUACCAAGAUAUAAAGAGUUACUGAAAUGCUUUACAACCACAGAAAUCAUUAACUGGAAACAAUUGUGUGGUACUUAUGAAGCAGAACUCAAGUUUGGCUCAGCUUCCAGUCCUGCAACACAUGUAUUUAAUACAAAACUAGAGGGAGGAGCUAAAAGAUGGACAGACUUUAAAAACAGAGUUGUUGAACAUAACAUAAGAGUUAUGGCAAAGUACUACACCAGAGUCCGAGCAAAGAGGAUGGCAGAAUUAUUAGAUCUAGCUGAAGCAGAGACAGAAGAAUUUCUGUCAAAUCUGGUAGUCAGUAAAACAGUACAAGCCAAGAUUGACCGACUAGAUGGCAUUAUUAACUUCCAACAACAGAAAGAUCCUAAUGAUAUCUUGAAUGACUGGUCUCAUAACAUAAACUCUCUCAUGCAGUUAGUCAAUAAGACUAACCAUUUGAUCACAAAGGAAGAAAUGGUCCAUAAACUUCAUUGAUAAUUCAUUUGUUUGUCUGUAGUAUUUGUCAUUAAAGCAUAACAUAUUUAUAA